GAUUUAAAUUUAUAAUAACUAGUUAAUAAAUGAGUCUAACUCGAGGGUUCACCCGUUUAAUCCCGACCCGUUAACCGGUUUGCCACCCCCUACUGUCUUCCUCUUCGCAUUAAAUUAUAGCCUGAAAGCACCGGAUUUCACCGGAAACACCAAUGUCUUUCUCACAGCUUCGCAAUGCGCUUCCCUUUUCCAGGAUCAUCAGGCUACUGCCUCUUCUUUGACAGGCAACUGGAGCGAGAGAUGGAAACUGUGAUUAAGGUACUGCAGCCUGGACCUCUAGGAAUCAUAGAGCACAAGUUCUCUGCUAAGGAGAUACACGAGGCAAAUGCCACUGUUGCUAGAGCAGUAGCAAAUUGGAAAAUGAGGGCGAACCUCGAGCAGAGAAGCGACAUUUUGAAAGAUUAUAUUCAGAAAUGAUAGAAUACUUGUUACUUACUUUUUCAGGAAUAAUUGGAUAUAAACAAUUCUGUAAAUGACUUACACUUGCUCUUCUCAAUGUCAUCUUGUGUUGGAGCAUCUUUUGUUUCUGAAACCCGUUUUUCACAAGUUCAUAUAGAAACAAUUUCUUUUUCGUGCA